UGCUUUAUUUGCUGGUGGAGUAACGUAGCAGCUGAGUUUUUGCUUCUGCUUACAGCUUGUUCUGCAUCUUUAGGGACUGAGGACGUUUCUUUGUGUGCUCCCAACACAAUACAAUGAGGGAGUGCAUCUCUGUGCACAUCGGCCAAGCCGGUGUCCAGAUGGGUAACUCUUGCUGGGAGCUGUACUGUCUGGAGCAUGGCAUCCAGCCUGAUGGGAUGAUCAAUGCUGGCAGCACCUCACUGGCGGAUUCCUCUUUUGGUACUUUCUUCAGUGAGACUGGAGCUAAGAAGUAUGUUCCACGAGCUGUCUUCAUAGACCUGGAACCAGCGGUUGUAGAUGAGAUCCGCAACGGAAGUUAUCGGCAACUGUACCACCCAGAGCAGCUCAUCAGUGGCAAAGAAGAUGCUGCCAACAACUACGCCCGUGGCCACUACACCAUCGGCAAGGAGAUUGUGGACUCUGUGCUUGAUCGAAUGCGAAAAAUGGCUGACCAGUGUACAGGUCUCCAGGGAUUCCUGAUCUUCCACAGCUUUGGUGGUGGGACUGGAUCUGGGUUCACCUCCUUGUUGAUGGAGCGUCUGUCUGUCGAUUAUGGCAAAAAGUCAAAGCUGGAGUUCUCGGUCUACCCUGCUCCCCAGGUUUCCACUGCGGUGGUAGAGCCCUACAACUCCAUCUUGACCACUCACACCACGCUCGAGCACUCCGACUGCUCCUUCAUGGUGGACAACGAGGCCAUUUUUGACAUCUGCAAGCGCAAUCUGGACAUUGAGCGUCCCUCCUACAGCAACCUCAACCGACUGAUUGCGCAGAUCGUAUCCUCCAUCACGGCUUCUUUGCGCUUUGAUGGAGCUCUGAACGUGGAUCUCACGGAGUUCCAGACCAACCUAGUUCCAUACCCUCGUAUCCACUUCCCCCUGGUCACCUACUCCCCCAUCAUCUCAGCUGAAAAAGCCUACCAUGAGCAGCUGUCUGUAGCGGAGAUCUCCAACGCCUGCUUCGAGCCGGCCAACCAGAUGGUGAAAUGUGACCCUCGCCGUGGUAAAUACAUGGCCUGCUGCUUGCUCUAUCGUGGUGACGUAGUGCCCAAAGACGUCAACGCUGCCAUCGCCAGCAUCAAGAACCGCCGCUCCAUCCAGUUUGUGGACUGGUGUCCCACAGGCUUCAAGGUGGGCAUCAACUACCAGCCUCCCACUGUAGUUCCUGGUGGAGAUCUGGCCAAGGUCCAGAGGGCCGUGUGCAUGCUGAGCAACACCACGGCCAUUUCGGAGGCCUGGAGCCGCCUGGAUCACAAGUUUGACCUGAUGUACGCCAAGCGGGCCUUUGUGCACUGGUACGUGGGUGAGGGAAUGGAGGAAGGAGAGUUCUCUGAGGCCAGAGAGGACAUGGCUGCCUUAGAGAAGGAUUAUGAGGAGGUUGGAGCAGAUUCUGCUGAUGCUGAGGAAGAGGAAGAUGAGUACUAGAAGUUGUCUUCUUGCGCUAGUGGGUUUUUGUACGAUGUUUGUAUCUUGAAUAAAAUAAAUAAUGCAGUAUGACUUGAAAUGUGAACUGUGAAUGCAUUCUGUACUUGUAGCUUAUAUAUCACUGCUGUUGGAAUAAAACCUUGUAUCUCAAAUAGUAACUUUACAGAAGAUGGAAAAACAUACUU